UAUAUUUCUGUGAUCGCCACCACUCACCACCUCUGAAACACUUGUCCACCACCAUCCCAGACGGCGGCGUUGGCGGAAGAAGUGAGUAAUGGGUUCACAAGAUGAUCAACUGCACACGCCAAUUCUGGAGUCCAUGCAACGGAGUUCAUCUACAGGAAGUACUUUUGAGUCGAGCUCCGAGCUUGAGAAGGUGCUGUCAGACUUGCAGUUGCCCUGGCUCCGGCGGCUCCGCAAGGCUACCUGGAUUGAACUGAAGCUCCUCUUCCGCCUCGCCGCCCCGGCGGUCCUUGUGUACUUGAUCAACAACGCCAUGUCGCUCUCCACCCGAGUCUUCGCCGGCCACCUCGGCAACCUUGAGCUCGCCGCCGCCUCCCUUGGCAACAGCGGCAUCCAACUCUUCGCAUAUGGCCUCAUGCUUGGCAUGGGAAGCGCAGUGGAGACGCUAUGUGGGCAAGCAUAUGGAGCUAACAGGUCUGAGAUGUUGGGAAUAUACCUCCAAAGAGCAACGGUGGUGCUCACAGCAACUGGGUUCCCUCUCACAGUGAUCUACGUCUUUGCAAAGCCCAUCUUGCUCUUACUGGGGGAAUCAUCCGCGGUGGCAUCGGCGGCGGCAGUCUUCGUCUACGGUCUCAUCCCACAAAUCUUCGCAUACGCAGUGAACUUCCCAAUCCAAAAAUUCCUUCAAGCACAAAGCAUCGUGGCCCCAAGUGCCAUCAUAUCAGCAGCCACACUUGCUGUUCACCUUCUGUUGAGUUGGGUGGCUGUGUAUAAAUUGGGAAUGGGGUUGAUAGGUGCUUCACUGGUGUUGAGUUUGUCAUGGUGGAUCAUAGUAGGGGCCCAGUUUGUGUACAUUUUAAUAAGCGACCGGUGCAAAUAUACUUGGACCGGGUUCAGCCUUCAGGCAUUUUCGGGGCUGUGGGAGUUCUUGAAACUGUCGGCAGCCUCCGCCGUGAUGCUCUGCCUGGAGACUUGGUACUUUCAGAUGCUGGUUUUGAUUGCUGGGCUGCUCAAGAACCCUGAACUCGCCUUGGAUUCUCUCUCCAUCUGCAUGGCAAUAAGUGGAUUGUUGUUCAUGGUAUCAGUUGGGUUCAAUGCAGCUGCAAGUGUGAGGGUCAGCAAUGAGCUAGGUGCAGGGAAUCCCAAAUCGGCAGCAUUUUCUGUUGUUCUGGUGAAUUUGGUUUCGUUUAUAAUUGCUGUGAUAGAAGCUAUUGUUGUGCUAUCACUGCGCCAUGUCAUCAGCUAUGCCUUCACUGGUGGUGCAACCGUGGCCAAAGAGGUCUCAGACCUCUGUCCAUUCUUGGCCGUCACUCUUAUCCUCAAUGGGGUCCAACCAGUAUUGUCUGGGGUGGCUGUUGGGUGUGGAUGGCAAGCGUUUGUCGCAUACGUCAAUGUUGGAUGUUAUUACGUGGUUGGAAUUCCUCUGGGUUGUGUUCUUGGCUUUAAGUUCGACUUAGGUGCUAAGGGAAUAUGGUCUGGGAUGAUAGGAGGAACAGUGAUGCAGACCCUCAUUUUAGUGUGGGUAACAUAUAGAACAGACUGGAGUAAAGAGGUGGAGAAAGCCAAGCAGCGUUUGGACAAAUGGGAAGACAAGGAGGAUCAGCCCCUUUUAAAGGACUAACACCCAAAGAAUUUUUAGAAUGGCUAGCAUUGAAUGCAGCUGUGAUUAAGUAGAUGGGUUGGUGGGGAUAUCAAAUUUGGUAAAAUUGAAAACUCUGCUCACCCAACUUUAGACCCUUUCAUUCCACCAAGUUCAGCUCUCCUGACCAAUCGGCAUUGAUCGAUCUCACCCGUCUUUCUCGGACAACAAAAGACUGAGAACCAUGGUGUGCUUGAAUGUGAUUCAUCCUAGUAUUUCAACCUUACUAUGCACCAUCGUUUUCUAGAACUAUACAUAUGACAGUUCAUGGAGGUUUGAUUCAGUUUUGUUUCUUCCAUGAAUGACAUAAUAAGCUUCAAUUGAUCCUCA